AUGGCUGCAGUCGCCCGCCAGCAGCAACACGCGCAGCAGCAGCAACCAUCCCGCCACUCGCCUGCCUCCACCGUCGAGUACCCCUCCCCCGAUGCCUCCGUCGCUGCUCCACCUCCACCUCCGACCAAUGCACCUGCUCCCGUGAAAGGCAAGGGCAAGGGCCAGAAGGGUGGAAACAAUGCGCCUGACCCAACGGAUGCGCACAAGGCCCUGCUAUCCAAGAUCUCCCAGCUGGAGGGCCAAUCUCACGAGGAGUCCAGCGCCACGGCUGAGAUCGAGGCCGAAGUCAAAAAGGCGAACCGAGAUCUGUCCCAGCUAUUGAAUACGCUUGAACCCCACAAUAGCAAGAUGGACAUCUUGCAGAGAAAGUAUAGCGAACUGCUAGGCGAGAUGAAAAGGGUCGAGCGUGAGCACGUCAAGGCCAAGAAGCGCGGCGAUCAGCUGCAGAAGGAGAAGGAGGAAGUCACCAAGGAGAGGACGAGGGAACGGGGACUGAAAGAGAAGCUGGAGAAGCUGAGUCGAGAGUUGACAAGAGAAAACAAGAAACUCAAGGACGACUACCGUGAUCUCAAGGAGAACUCGGCAAAUCGAAACGACGAGCUGCACAGGAAACUCGAGAACAUGGUGCUGGAUGUGGAAGCAGUUGUGUCGGAUCGAAAACAGCCCGAACGACAACACGAACUCGAGCAAGACAAGCUGUUCAGGGAGAAGUUCACAUCUUUCUUGCAUCAGUACGAACUGCGGGAACUCCACUUCCAGUCACUCAUGACCGUCAAGAACCUCGAGAUACAAUACGAAAAGGCACGCCACGAACAACUCAAGAAAGCGCAGGAGAACGAACUGAGCAAGAGCCACCAAUUGACACGACAAGUCAGCACUUUCAGCCAGACAGAGAACGAGCUUCGAGGACAACUCAACGUAUACGUUGAGAAGUUCAAGCAGGUAGAAGACACCCUCAACAACAGCAACGACCUGUUCCUGACCUUCCGCAAGGAGAUGGAGGAGAUGUCCAAGAAGACGAAACGUUUGGAAAAGGAGAAUCUCAACUUGACGAGGAAGCAGGAGGCAACUAAUAAGAACAUCUUCCAAAUGGCCGAGGAACGAAGUCAGAGUCAGCAAACUAUUGACCGGUUGACCCGCGAGAAUGAGAAGCUUAAGAAGCUUUGUCGAGCGAUGCAGACUCAAGGGUACGGCGGCGCAGGACAGGUGGCACAGGCACAACAAGGCGCGCACGAAGACGAAUUCCUCGACGGCGAAGGCGAAGGCGACACCGAGUCAGAAUACGACGAAGACUACGAUGAGGACGAAGAAGGCGAAUACGACGACGACACCGAAGAGGAGAUAGAGGUGGUGCAACAACCUCAACCGCCGAGGACGUACGGCCCUCCACCUCCUCCUCCACCUCAGCAGGGGCAGCAGCAGGUUAACGGGCAGCCCAAGCAGCCGAUGCCGAAUGGUGUAAAUGUCAACGGCACGCGCCACUGA